AUGCCAGCACAAGGUCCGGGGGGCCAGAAGGUGCACUACUUAGCUGCGGAGAAAUGCAUCAAUCUCGCGAAUGAAGUUUUUGGCUUUAAUGGAUGGUCAAGUUCCAUCCAAAAUAUUCAGAUAGAUUUUGAUAUUGGAUACGGGCAUUGUGAAAACUCGAAAUCGAAAGCACUAGCCUUUGAGAAAGCAAAAAAAGAAGGCACAACAGAUGCUUUAAAGCGAGCUCUAAGGACUUUUGGUAACGUUCUUGGGAAUUGUGUCUAUGAUAAGGAGUACUUGAGCAGGGUGACGAAAGUCAAGGCUGCUCCGUCAACAUGGGAUGUUGGGGAUUUACAUCGCGAUACUUCCCGUAAUGUGAAGAAGGGUAAUGCUCCCACGCUCGAUGGUUGUUCCACGCCACAAAACACAGCUAGUACUAGGCUUUCACCUCGGUUGCUUAAUGUGCCGACAGCCCAGGCAGAUGAGUUUCUCCCGUUGGAUCUGGAAGGUGAAUUUGGAACCGGAAAGUUCAUGUGUUGCUGGUAUCCAUUCUGUGGCGCAACCGGAUCUUCCACCCACGCCUGGGGACAGAUUAAAUGGACCUGGCCUCCCUCAAAUUUCUUCAAAUCAUCACCUUCUCGCAAAUCUCAAAACGCCGUCAGCCCAACGACUACAGCCAUUUCCACAAAACAGCUCAACACCUAUCCCUCCCCAACCCCCUUCACACAUCCCAAACUUACCCCCACCUCUCCCGAGUGA